AUGUCCACUCACAAGGCAGUCGUCACCGUGGCCGUGCGGGCCCCUCUGGGUCUCAUCGACGUCCCGACGCCAACGCCUACCGGCCGUGAGGUCCAGGUGCACGUCGAAUGGACUGCUUCGACGCCGCUCGACUUGCACCAAAACGACGGCGGCCUGCUCGUUACGCACCCCCAGGUCAUGGGCGACGGUAUUGCGGGUACCGUCACGGCCGUUGGGCCUGACGUCCAGAGUCUGCGCGUGGGUGACAAGGUCUUUGGCUUCGCGUUCAAGGACAACAAGCAGAAGGCCUAUCAGGACUUUGCCACGGUCCCUGAGACGAGUCUCGGCAAAAUCCCCGCUGGCUUCUCCAUGCAGGAGGUUGUCACUCUGCCCAACAACGUCGUCUCCGUCUUCCAUGCCGUCACGAAAGACUUCGGGUUGCCUCUGGCGUGGCCCCGGCCGCCUGCGUCGUCAAAUGUGCACGCCAACACGCCCAUCCUCAUCUGGGGCGGCGCCUCGUCCUGUGGCCAAUACGCCCUGCAGAUUUUGAGCCAAUGGGGCUACACCAACCUGUUGACAACCGCCUCGAAGCGCCACCACGCAGACCUGCGCGGCCUCGGUGCCCGACAUGUAUUUGACUAUCACGACGUCGAUGUGGCUGCCCAAAUUCUCCAGGCCGUUGCCGAGGAGAGCGGCGCCAAAGCCAACCCUGCCGGGCCGGCCGUGCCGUACGUCCUCGACUGCAUCGCCUCCCAGCAGGGCAGCCUCGCCCCCAUUGCCGAGCUGGCCCAGCACGGUACCAUCGUCGCCGCCCUCUUGCCCGUCAUUGUACGCGAUGCCACCGACGACGUCGCGCCCGAGUACGCCAUGGACACACAGGCUGCCGUCAACUGGGCCGACGGUGUCGAAGCCCGCGGUGAUCCCUUCUUCAAGGAACACCUGCAGUCAACCGUCGUUCCUGCGUUGUUGACUGCAGGCAUCGUCAAGCCCAACAGACAGCGCAUUAUUGAAGGCGCUACCCUCUUGGAGCGCGCUCAAAAGGCCUUGGAUGUGUUGCGCAGAAAGGAGGCCAGUGCCGAGCGGCUGGUGUGGCGAGUGUCGGACCUGCAGCUGUAA